CCGAGCGUGAUAACGGGGACGCAGCGAGCGAACUGAGCGCUGAUGCUCAUGCUUCUUCGAGCAGUGUAAAAUCCAGCGAGACAGGCGGCGACCUCACACCUGCUUCUCCGUUAUAUUACCUAACCAAACCGGGAGAUUCCUUAAGACUUUACUGUCAUUCGCGUUUAACCAACAUCCAUGCGAUUCUUCAGGCUUACCUUCAAGUGCUUUGUCGACUGCUUUUGAGACCCUUUUAUCCCUCUUCUGCCAGCGACGCACGUCAAUUAUUAUAAUUUGGAGCUCAAUCUCGUCCACAUUCUGCUGAAGAUCAAUUUUACACAAACAAUCACACAGCAACCCCACGGGAAAGUACUGAACCACGUGAAUUAAAAAAAAAUAAAUAAAACGCGAAGAACCGUUAUUUGUGAAUUCUCGGGGGCGCACGCGGCAUGUCGCCAGAAGAGCAUUUCUCCAAUGAUUGCGGCACGUGUGAGGAUGAAUCUCAGGAGGAAGCAGAAGUCGCCCGUCCUUUGGUGUCAGAGACUGAGGGGUCCAGUACGGAGGUUGCUGGGCCCAGAGUUUGCACGGGUCUGAUGGAGACAGGCGACCCCGCCACAGAACUGGGGCAUUCGGAACGACAAACGUGGAGCAGGCAGAUGGACUUUAUCAUGUCCUGUGUUGGAUUUGCUGUUGGCCUUGGAAACGUCUGGAGAUUUCCUUACCUCUGUUAUAAGAAUGGAGGAGGUGUGUUUCUGAUCCCCUAUCUCCUAAUGGUGUUUGUUGGAGGUGUUCCAGUGUUCUUCCUGGAGAUCGCACUGGGUCAAUUCAUGAAACAGGGUGGGGUCGCCUCAUGGAACAUCGCGCCUCUUUUUAAAGGGCUUGGACUGGCAUCAAUGGUGAUCGUGUUCUUCUGCAACACCUACUACAUCAUGGUUCUGGUGUGGGGCCUGUAUUUUCUGGCUCACUCCUUCACUUCCCCUCUGCCGUGGGCCACAUGUGGACAUGAGUGGAACACGGUCAACUGUACUACUAACUUCAGCCGCGUGUGUCUCAAUCAGUCAUUGUCCCCUUCCCCUCCCAAUGUCUCCUCCCUCAACACCAGUGCCAGCUGUCUGGAGCACACGGGUUUGCGAUCAUCUGUUAUGGAGUUCUGGGAGCGUAAAGUUCUACGUCUGUCUGGCGGUUUGGGUGAAGUGGGUGACAUCAACGGUUACUUGGUCUUGUGUCUGCUUGCUACAUGGGUCAUUGUCUACUUCUGCAUCUGGAAGGGUGUUAAGUCCGCUGGAAAGGUACAAAUAUAUGUUUAUUCAUUGUCCCCUUCCCCUCCCAAUGUCUCCUCCCUCAACACCAGUGCCAGCUGUCUGGAGCACACGGGUUUGCGAUCAUCUGUUAUGGAGUUCUGGGAGCGUAAAGUUCUACGUCUGUCUGGCGGUUUGGGUGAAGUGGGUGACAUCAACGGUUACUUGGUCUUGUGUCUGCUUGCUACAUGGGUCAUUGUCUACUUCUGCAUCUGGAAGGGUGUUAAGUCCGCUGGAAAGGUUGUGUAUUUCACAGCUGUGUUCCCAUAUCUGGUCCUGGUGGUCUUGUUUGUUCAUGGCGUGUCACUGCCUGGAGCUGUUAAUGGCAUUAUUUACUACCUGAAACCAGACUGGAGCAAACUCUCAGAGGCACAGCCUAUACAAUACCUCUUGAACAAGGCUUUUGGUCUGGAUGCAUUCAUUCUGGCUCUCAUAAACAGCGGCACAAGCUUCUUUGCAGGAUUUGUGGUUUUCUCAGUUUUGGGAUUCAUGGCGGCCGAACAAGGCGUUGACAUCAGUAAUGUGGCAGAAAGUGAAACACCUCCCUCUCAUUCUCUGACUCUCUCUGAAGGUGCGGAUCGCUUCAUGGACAAUGUGGCCUGUAUGAUCGGCUAUCGUCCUCUGCCGUAUAUGAAGUGGUGCUGGUCUUACGUCACUCCGGUUGUGUGUAUGGCUGUUUUCUUGUUUCAUGUGGUCAACUACAAGCGAUUAGUGUAUAAUGCGGUGUAUGUGUACCCGUGGUGGGGUGAGGUGCUGGGCUGUUUUCUCGCGCUCUCAUCCAUGCUUUGCAUUCCUCUCACCGUCCUCUACAAACUGCUGCACUGCAAAGGCUCUCUCAUGGAGCGUUGGCAGCAUCUGACAACACCUAUCUGGGGUCGACAUCACCUUGAGUUCCUUCCACAUGAGAAUGAAGCCAGACUUCUACCGAAGGCAGAAGAGAAUAAAAACACACUGUUAUAUGAAAGUGUCAUUUAAUAUCCUGGCCAGCACUGGAAAAUGAUCCGAUACAGACAACACGGCCCUGCACACACACACACACACAGCGGUGUUCGCUCUGUCAUGAUCAAGAGAAUCAUUCAAGUCAAAUCCAUACUACACAGCAGAGCACCUAUAUGCCAUUAACAUACGCAGUGUCAUCCCACUAAAGCACUUCAGCCACACCAGAGCCUGCGCAUCUUAACUGUCAUGCAGUAAUAAUGCUGAUUUUGUCCAAGCGCUCUUCUCUCAGUGAGAAGGCCUCAGGCGCACAAGACAAGCUCAUCAUGCAUGCUUGUGUUUGACUGACCGUUAUCUGCCUAGUGUGCUGAUGUUGUUCAGUAUUAUGUCUUUGUGUUUGUGUUUGUUACAUCGCACUUAGAUCUUACAGCAGUGCUGUGGAGCAGAGAGUGGGUUCAUUAUUUAAUUAUUAAACCCAUUUUCA